AUGGAAAUCCCUCUGGUCUGUAACAACAGCCGCCUGGGCCGAGAAUGUAGGACAGCCUUGACCCGUGAAGCAGUUGUGACAACAUGCUCGCACAUUUUCUGUAUCGACUGCGCUGAAAAGACCGGACUUUUGGGCCCGAAGUUUGACCAGCGUCAUUGUCCUUGCUGCGAUUGCAACCUCCCCAAGCCAGAUGAUGUUGAUCGAACCCGACUGGAUCCUACUGAUGACUACAAGACACUUGUUCUGAGCGGGUUAGACCCUCCAACCAUCCUCGACAUAGCUGCGAGGGCGGUGUCAUUUUGGCAGAACCAAAGUGCACAGGAGAUGAUAUGUCAGCACCUUUCAGUGAAGGAUAUUACCGAGCGCAACAGUAUUCUUGAAGCGAAGUUGAAGAAGGCCUACCACGAAGCCGAUAUCGAGUUCGAGGCUGGACAAAAAAAGAUCAAUGAGCUCACCGCUGAGCUUCGAGAAUUGCGUAGACGAUAUGAUGAAUUGAUCAGGGCUUAUCGAGAAAAGGACCGCAAGCUCAAUCAAACCCAGAAACUAUACAGUACCCUCAAACAACGAGCCCAGGCCCAAAAUAUGAUCCCCUCUGCUACAUUGAAUGUAUCGAAAGAUGUCGAGCAGACAGUGCAGUCGAUCGAGAGCGCGCGACGGUCCGAUGCAAGGUUCCUCAAACCAGAAUUACCUCGUCAAGAUCUUCGGACUUCGACUCUGCUGAAGAGGACACCUCAACCAAUGGAUGGCACACAGAACAGUGUUGAGCUUCUUACCCACCAAAGAUCUGGAAACAGUGUCGCAGGAUCUAUUCAAGCAGAGAUGUCGUACACACGCGCAACUCCGGGAUUCAACCUCGCGACCUUUGGAAGUUCAGGCACGCCUUUACGUCGGGAAACCCUUCAGACGAACACUGGCACUUCCAUUGAUGGUCGGCCGCAACCUCCGAGCACGGUUGCAAGGGCUAGUACUGGGCCAGAUCAACAUGUACCAGGCUUUGUCAGACGACAGUCUCUUCGUGGUAGCAGGGAAUCGAUUUCGAUGCAGAGCCGUACUGGAACUUUAUCUGGUGCAAGGGCUGGUCGACCUGGAACCAUUGAGCCGAGCGACGUGGGGUCCAAAUUUGAUCAAUAUGCUGACAAGUUUUAUCAUCCUCCGAAACCAUAG